GGGAGUAUGUAAAGCAGUGCUUCCCACACGUUUUCCCCACAGUGACUCCAUUUUAAUGGUUAUGACUGUCAAUGAGAAUGGAGCAAGGGAGAGGGUCUAUAUUAGAGUAGGAAUAAAUGGGGCAUGCUGUCAAUGGUGGACUGUGACUAGGAUGGUACUGCAAAGGUGAUACCCAAGGCUAGAAAUGUCCAGGUCGAGAUCUCUCUGGAAGAUGUUUCGAUUGGGAUUGUUAUACAGUGGACGGUGUGGAGAACAUUGGUUCCCCUCAGCCCAAUGCAGCCAAGGAAUGUACAGAAGCUGCCUUCAGUUCACAGUCUCCAGUGCACAGCGAAAGGAAAAUGGACAGACUGUGGAGAGUCUGAAGCAGCUGUCAGUGGAUGUAGCGAGGAUUCGUCAGCUAAAAAGCUGGGUUUUGUUUGCAAACGAGGCUUAUGUCUAUGAAACCGCCAACAUUUUAAAGGAAAUGGGAGUUGAGGGGAAGAAGGUAGCCGUCAUUUUGGAACGAUACCCUGAGGCCGUCCUCUGCAAACCAGCAGAAAUCAGAGCCCAGCAGGAGUUAUGGGGUAGAUUGUGCACCAACGAGAAGGAACUGGCAAGAAUUAUUGAGCGGUUCCCAGAAUCAUUCUUUACAAUCAAAAACCACAAGAAUCGACAGGACAAUAUCAAAUAUUUCCAAGCAUUAAACCUGAAUAACAGGAUUAUCAACCGCUUGCUGGUCAGUUCUCCCCAGACUUUCUGUAGCAGUGUGGAUCAGAACAGGGCUGUAGUUGAGAAUUUACAGAAAAGCUACCUUCAGCUGGGUGGCAACCAGGCUAAUAUGAGGAUCUGGUUAAUGAAACUGCUGAGCCAAAAUCCUUUCAUUUUGUUGAAACCUCCAAACUUGGUGUGUGAAAACUUGAACUUUUUGCGAUCCUUGGGUUUCAGCAAUGCUGAGCUCCUUAAGCUGUUCUCCAAGCUCAAAGGGUUGAUAACUGAGCUAUCGCCCAAUAUUAUGGAGAAAAGCACUGCGUUCUGUCGACAGUCAUUGCAGUGCAGCGAUGAGGGAUUGAAGAUCAUCUUGAUGAGCUGCCCGGCCUUGCUGUACUUCUCGGCCCCUGUCUUGGAGGAGCGACUCACGGCCAUGUUGCGGGAAGGGUUUUCAGUGGAGCAGGUCAAAGCAAGUCCAGCAGUUCUCGAGCUGUCUCCACAGAUUGUGCACCAUCGCAUCAAGAGGUUGGUCUCUUUAGGAUAUGAUGUAAAAAGAGACAGCCUGGAACUGCUCAAAGGAACCAAGAAGGAUUUUGAAGUCAGUUGUGGAAAAAUGAACCAGAGGAAAGAGAGACCCUUGUUUAACCCAGUCGCUCCCUUGAACAUUGAGGACUAACCAGCCAGUGAGCACUGGGAUGUGUCAACCCAAGAUGUGACCCUAAAACUGGAACACAGGAGCAGGAGUAGGCCAUUCAGCCCCCACUGUACCAUUCAGUAAUAUUACAGCUAUUCUGAUUGUGGCCUCAAUAACACUUUCCUGUCUGCCGGACUCUGUUGUCUACCAAAGUCUUGACUGUAGGAUGUUGUGGUUUGUAUUGUGUUCAAGUUCAGCACUUGCUGAGAAUAUGAGAUUUCAGUGGAAGACAGAUCAGGGUAUUUAAAUUGAUGAACUGAUUCGAAUUGGGCAACUAAGGCAAAAAGCAAUGUUUUCAUCCAAAAGGUCAGGGAAAUCUGGAAUUCUGCUCAUCCACACACAACUCCCCCCACUCGGAAAAUAUAAAACACAACAAAACGUUUACCAUGUGCAAAUAGGUGCAGAUCAGUCAUGGUCUAAUUGAAGAUUGAAACAGUUUUGAGGUAUCAAAUGGCCUCCUCUUAUGUUCCAAUUGUUAAUAAUUUGUCACAAACAGAUCCCUCAAACUCGUAGUAACUUCUUCCUGUCAACCUUUCCAUGAAAAUGAGUAGAUAUGGAUAUCUACUGCGAGAUGUGAUUCUGCAAUUGGACAACACUUUCUGAGCAAUCCAGAGGGUGUUAAUAGCUACAUUGACAACUAAUUUCAGUCAAGCAUACGGCUUAGUUAAUUUGAUAAAAGUGACAUGCUUUCACAGGAAAGGACUCAUGUCCUACAAACGAAAGGAAUAUAGUCAGUACUUUUGCCGAGUUAUCCACAAGCUCCGGAAAUCUAUAGUUCCCUGUUGCUUUCUCCGUAGCAACACUUAAGUCAAUCAGAGUUGCCUUAGGAAUCAAUCGGUACCUUUUCUAAACAGUAUAAGUUGUGAUUGUUUGAAAUUCGGCAUUCUUGUGUCUGUCUGUGUGACUGAGGAAAGGGUGAAGCUGCAAAACCCUGUGAUUAAUCACUAUGCAUAGCCAGCUGCAAUUGUCAAUCCACUCAGCUUCUGCUCAUUGUGGGGAUUUUCACAUUUAAGUGUGCGUGAGUGAAGACUCUGCUUUUAACAACUUUGAAACCCUUCAACUUAUUGGUCACCAUGACUCAUUGCUUGGUGACUGCUUCAGUUCUAUAAAGUAUUUAUUGAAAACUGCCUUUCACUUUACAGUGUUCCAAUGUUUACAAUUUAAAUUAUCAUCUUCAAAUGGAUUAUACCUUGAAAAUUUGUUAUCACUGAUUCUAGAACUAUAUGACACAGCAUGAUAGAUCUUCUCAGCAUUUGCUCCAAUAUUGGAUACUGCAGAAGGAAAAAGCACUUCUUAAUAUCCUGAAGUAAAUGAUAUUUUUAUAAGGAAAGGAGCAUUUUCCUUGUUCACUGCCCAAAGUGGUGGGGAAUAUUUCGAUCCAAACAUAUUAAAACAAGUAUUUAAUUGGUGUAUAUUCCUGUCAUUGUCCAUGAAACCCCUUUUUUCAAUCUCAUUUGGUUGCAAGUUAUUAUAGAUGUCAAUCAGAUGAACCCAGAGAAUGCCACAAACAGACUCAUAAAUCUUUUUCAACUUUAUUGCAUUUGUGUGCAUUGGUAACUAUUUACUGGAAGGGAUUAAUGUAAGAGUGAGGAAGUGGGAAGCAUUCUGUUGGAAGCCAUAUUCAACAUUUCUCACACCAGGUCACUUAAAAAUUCAAACUGUUCCUGUCCCUCCCUCUCUCUUCAGUUAUUUAAAUAGAAAUUACCUUAUGAAAGAUCUGCAGAAUAAAAAUGCAAUAAUGUUUAUUAUAAAUUAUUUCAACAACAGAAAAUGCUGCAGUGUGUUCUGUCUGAUAGUGAAAUGUCUCAUCUUUAAACAUUGGCCUCUUGCUGUUUCAUACUGUAAAACUAAAAAUCAUUUCUGAUUAAUUGUCCUAUCAAGUUGAACCUAUGAAACAGAAGUAGAGUCAGACUAUUUGGCCCCUCAUGCCUUCUCUGUGAUUCAAUGAGAUACUGGCUCAACUGCUUGUGUUUUGAAUUCCAUAUUCACAUCUACAGAAUAACCCUUCCUUCAAUGAAUGUCUAUGUCCACUUUAAAAGUAUUCGGUGGUCCUGCCUUUAUUGCCUUCUGAGGCAGAGAGUUCCAAAGUUGCACAACCCUCUAGGGAAAAAAAUAAAAUUGCUCCUCACCUGUGUCCUGAAAGGGCAAUUGCUAAUUUUAAAAUCCCUAGUUUGGGACUCUCCAAUAAGAGGUAACACUCUUUCAAUGUUCACCUUGUCAAAAACCAGUCAGGAUCAUAUAUACUUCAAUCAGGCUUCUAAACUGCACUGGAAACAAGUCCAGAGUGUUUAACCUAUCCUUGGAAGGCAACCUGCUAACUCCAGGUACCAAUCUAGAAAAGUUCCUCUGAACUGCGACCUAUGUAUUUAAAUCUUUCCUUGAAUAAGGAGACCAAAACUGCAAACAGCAUUUGGGAUGCACUGUAUAAUUGAAGCAUAGCAUCCUUACUUUUAUUUUCAAUUUAUCUUUUAAUUAAGGGUAGCAUCUCAUUAGCCUUCUCGGUCACAUGUUGUACCUGCAAACUAAUUUUUUCUGAUUCGCACCACAACACCUAAAUCUCCCUUACUCUUAGAAUUCUGUGGCCACUAUGUUUAAAUAAUACUAUGCUUUUUAAAAAAAUGUUGGCCAAGUGAGCAGCUUCAUAUGUGCCCACAUUAUACUCCCAUCAGUCAUAUUUUUGCCCACCCACUCAACUAUCUGUAUACAUCUACGACUUUCUCAAGUCUUCCUCACAUCAUACCUUCUGACUUACCUUGGUGGCAAUGAUUGGUUUCAAUGAUCUUCCACCUGAAAAUGAAUGCAAUAGAACUUGCUCUGAUUAAAUAACCUUAGAAUUUGAAAAAAUUUCUGUUAAUUUGUGUGCUGUCUUUCUGAUAGUUCCAGCUCUGUUAAAUUUGGAAUUUAGUCUCAUAAAUUUCACAAAUAUUCUUUGGAGAACCAAAGUCCGUCUUUGUGCUGACUGAUAACACUGCCCUAGCUGUGAAACAUGGCAAGGUAGAAGGAGCGUACAGGGUUCACCUCAAGUUCAUGUACAGUAGCUCUGUGACAGGUUCUUGAGAGUGCAAUACCAAGCUAUUGAUGGGUUUGAAUGAUUUGACUGCUGGUAAGAUCAUCUUUAAACUAUUGAAAACAUGAUUGCAGUGCACCAUGUCGUUGUUUGGAUGCCUUCCUAUCAUCAUUCUUUAAAUAUUAACCUGAGCCAGAGGCAUAUCAAUAAUAUGCUCUUCAUUGAAGGGUCAACUUUGCCUUGUGUUGUGGCAUUUCUGCAGCAGUCAAUAGGUUUACCGUCUCCCUUGUUCGUACUUGACUUGCAUUCACUGCUUCGUCUUUAAAGUUUUCGCCUUUUCUUCCUCUUGACAGGACCACCAGCAUUUUUCUAUCACUUCUUGGCCAAAAUGUGUCCCUCAACCCACACAAAAUAGAUUACUUGGUCACCCACAACUUUGCUAUUUACUGUUUGUAAAUUGGCUGCCAUAUAUUACAACAGUGACUACACUCCACAUUUACUUCACUGACUUUAAAGCUCAUUUGGGCAUCCUGAGAAGGUCUGCUAUGAAAGUGUAACAUUUACGUAAAAGACAUAAUUCAAACAGGAAUAUGGUACCUGUCCCCUCAAGCCUGCUUCACCAUUCAGUAAGAUCACAGUCGGAGCUGCUAUGUUCAUUUUUGCGAAUCUGCCCAAGACCGUAAGAAAUUACAGAGUUGUGAACGCAGCCCAGUCCAUCACGAAAACCAGUCUACCUUCCAUUGACUCCUACACUUCACACUGCCUCAGGAAAGCAGUCAACAUAAUCAAGUACCCCCUCAUCCCAGUUAUAUUCUCUUCCACCCUCUUACAUUGGGCAGAAGAUACGAAAAACACGUACCAACAGAAAUAAGAACAGCUUCUUCCCCUUUGUGAUCAGACUUAUAAACGAACCUCAUGUAUUAAAUGGAGUUGAUCUUUCGCUGCGCCUUCUGUGCAACUGAGCCACUAUAUUCUGCAUUCUGUUCUAUUACCCUGAUGUAUUUAUGAAAAGUAUGAUUUGCCUAGAUAGCAUGCAAAACAAUACUUUUCACUGUAUCUUCGUACACGUAACAAUACUAAAUCAAACCAUUGGCGCGACGGGUUCUAGAUGUCCUGGUACCUAAUUAUAAAACAUUAGUUUGCUGGUAGACCAAGUAAUUAGGAAGGCAAAUGUAAUGGUUAUUAAAAGGGGUAUGGAAUACAGAAGUAGGGAAUAUUAACUGCAGCUGUACGGGGUGUUGGUAAGACUAUUUCUGGAACUUUGCAUACAAUUUGGUCUGCUUACUUGAGAAAAAAGAUAGCAUUGCUGUCAAAGCAGUUCACAAAAAGAAAAUUGCUUGACCCAUUCCAGGGAUAUAGGAUUUGUUUUAUGAAGAAAGAUUGGAUAGAUUGGCCCUUUAUCCAUUGCACUUUAGAAUAAUGAGGUGAUGAAAUUGAAAGAUAUAAGAUCCUCAGAACUGGAUACUGGAAGAAUGUUUCCUCUUGUAGGAUAGACUAAAACUAGAUGACAUUGUUUAAACUUAAGAGCUCUCUAUUUACAGUUGUCUUCCUCAGAGAUCAGUGGAGGCUGGGUUAUUGGAAUUUAUUCAAGGUUGAGUUAAGAGGUUUUUGAAAGACAAGUCAAGGGUUAGAGAAGGGGCAACCAAGUGGAGCUGAGACCACAACCUGAUCAACCAUGAACUUAUUGAUUGGUGAAGUAGGCUUGAAGGACCAAGUUGCCUUCUGCUUCUCCUAAGCUUUAUGUUUCCAAUUUCAUCCGAUAUCCCUUAAUUAUCUUAAUGGUUGGAAAUUUAUCAACCAUUGUCUUGGAUAUGCUCAUCAGUGGAACAUAGCUAUCUGCAAGUAGAGAAUUCUGAAGAUUCGCAACACUGAGUGAAGGAAUUUCUCCUCAUCUCAAUUCUAAUAGCCUACCUCUUAUCUUGAGACAAUGCUACCUAAUUUCAGACUCUUCACCCAGGGAAACAACUCUCAGCAUCUGCCCUGUGAAACUCCUUAAGAAUUUUACAUGUUUCAUUGCAAUUGCUUCAUUCUUCUAAACUCCAUGAAAUAUGAACCAAAUCUACUCACUGUCACCUCACAGGGCAAGCUCCUGAGCCCAGAACCCAGUUCAGUUAAUCUUUACGAUUCUCCUUCCCUCCCAUUUAUUACCUUCUAUUAGUAAGGAGACCCUUUAUUCUUCAUUCUAGACUCUCCAGUCAAAAGGCAGCAGCCCCACUGUAGCAAAAUACUGCAGAUCCUGUAAAUUUGAAAUAAAAUGCUUGAAAUACUCAAGCCGCAUCUGUAGAGAAAGGAACAGUUAACGUUUAAGGUUCCAUCAUCACAACUCUCAGCAUCAACCCUGUCAAGCUAUAUAUAUUUCAAUGACUUGGUUCUUCUAAAUUCCAGAGAAUAUAAUUCCAGUCUAUUCAAUGGAGAUACAGUGGUCUAGUGGUAGUGUCACUGGACUAGUAAUCCAGAGCCCCAAAGUGAUUCUCUGGAGACAUGGAUUUAAAUCCUACCACAACAAUUUAAAUUCAGUUAAUUAAUAGAAAAAUCUGGAAUUAAAAGCUGGUCUCAGUAAUGGUGACCUCACCAAUGACCACGAAUUGUUGUAAACAAAGCAUCAUCUGGUUCACUAACAUGCUUUAGGGAAGGAAAUCCACUAUUUUUACCCAGUCUGGCUUAGAUGUAACUCCAAAUCUACAGCAAUGUGUUGACUCCCGACUGCCUUUGCCACUCAGUUCAAGCGCAUCUAGGGAUGGGCACAAAAUGCUAGCUUUGCCAGCAAUAGUUAUAUCCCCUUAAGGAAUGAAGGGAAAAGAAGCUGUCUCCAUAUGACAAUUAUCUUAUUGCAAGAAAGGAAAGAUAAUUUCUGAUCAAAUAGUUGUGGGUAUGGAACUUGAGUUUUGCUGCAUGAAGACACUUUGUCAAUCUUUUCAUCCUGCAUUGAUCAGAAUAUUUCAGAAGAAUACCAAUUCAAGGGGAAAAAGCAAAAUUCAUACUGUAUGGCAGGAAGGUGCAGAUUGGUUGGUAGAUGGACGCUGAUUGGUAGAGGCAUUGCUAUGCAGAAUGUAUCCAUUAAUGCUGAUUGACAGUGAAAAACAAGGCUUUGUUGAAACUCUAAGCCAGGCAGGUUGACUCUGAUUGUCAAACCCUGGCUAUUAAUUGUCAAUCAGUAUAAAUGGGGAUAUUCUCCAUGGUGACAUCUCUACCAAUCAGAGUUGACUUCCCAACCAAUCAGCACUCUCCUCUUAUACCGUAUAAAAAUGUUAGCUUUCUGCUUGAACCAGUAUUCUUACAAAUUGUUCUGAUAAGUGCAAGACAGAAUGCAACACUCAAAUCAUCAGAUUACUGCAGAAACUUCACGCACUUCAGUUUAUUUAAGUCCCCUGCAACCACAGAAAAGCACGCCCCACAGUAAACUACGUCAAAGGCAAAUCUCUGGCACAUUGAGAAUUUUGAUGUUUUGACCCAAAGGGCAUUUUCAAUUCAUUUUCUUUAAAAUUUUACAAUUGAAACAGCACACAAACUCUAAAUUAUGUGGGAAUUAAAUGAACUCAGCAAUUGGAUCUGGUUUUAAGUGGCUAAUAGAAAUGUAUUAUUUGUCUACAUUAAUCCCUUACUUUAUAAAACUUAAUUAGAUUAUAAGUACAUGAGAAUAUAAUGAACUCAACCUAACAACAAAUGAUCUAUGGGCAUUAAUACAAAACCAAGAGGGCAAUAGACCUUUCAUUUCUUUUUGUAAAUUAAGGAUAAUUUAUUUGUAUGCUGGAAAUUAUUGAUUGUGUAAUAUUUUUACUAUUUUAUACUUUAUUUCUCAGUUCAAUAAUUGCCUAUGACUGUUACAAGUUAUGAUAUCUUGUUUAAUUUGUAUUGUCCUCACAAUUCUACAGGUGACACCACGAUAAUCUUCAAGAAACCAUUCCAUUUGAGGAACUGGGGUUUGUACAAUCUCUUGAGGCUAAUAAACACAAUGUUAAAAUGGGUUCAGCAUAUAUAUGUUUUAUAUAUAUGGUGAAAAGACACUCCUUGAUCUGUCUGAAACUCGUUGGUCUUCCAAUGUCCCUGACGAACUGUUACAGACUGGCGCAUUCCAAGGUCCAUGGCUAGUGCUGAGGAAAGCAUGAAAGUGUGGGGUGAAUCUGUUCCCACUGUCUAAAGCCUUCCGGCUUUCAUAUAUGAAUGCAUAUCUACAUAAAUUGAUUUGAUCUAUUACUGUCAUGUGUACUGAGUUACAGUGAAAAGUGUUAUCUUACUUGCUUUACAAGCAGAUCGAACUAUACAAGUGCUUUAGUGUAACAGAACAGAGUGCAGGAUAUGGCGUUACAGAGAGAGAUCAACAUUAACAUUAAAGAGGUCCAUUCAAAAGUCUAAUAACAGUGGGGAAGAAGCUGUUCUUGAAUCUGUUCGUAUGUGUAUACAAAUAUUUAUAUUCUCUACCUGACAGAAGAGGGUGAAAGAGAGUAUAACCAAGUGGGAGGGAUCUUUGAU